UGGACCUGGUCCAGACCGCGCAGCACUUCAAGAAUCUGGAGAGUGUUGCAGAGAUAGGGGGUGUCGGAACAAGAGUCUUGAUACCAUUGUGACGGAGAUACACGGGAGGUUCGACUCAGCAAUGAAGAGUUUCAUGACACUGACAGAACAGAACGUGCUGGAUGUCAGCAAGCAGGACGAGCUCUUCGAACAGGAGUUCUUCGAGUUCCGAGCUCUUGUCCGGGACUUGGAGAACCAGAUGGCUCACGUUAUGAGGAUAUGUUUUGAUAGGUGUGCUAACACUUCAGCUCACAUCAGACUCUUAGAGGUAUUUGCUGGGGUUAGUGGCAGGGAGAGCGUGCAGCGUGCCUUAUCAGACAAACUCUCCAAAAUUGUAUCAGGUAUGAUGGACGAGGUGUUGGAUGUUAAGGAUAUGUUAGACCGGAACAUCUCAGCUCCAAACCACAAGAACAUGCCAGACACAGCGUCCCAUAUGUGCUGGUUACGGGCACUUAGAGAGAGGAUUGUUAAACCUAUGGAGAAGCUGAGGGGUACUAUACCUGAACUUCUGAGUAAUAAUGAGUUUUGGUUCGUUGACGAAGAUUCUGUUUACUCGAACAGUUCAAUACUAAAAGCAGCAUUAUACUCCAGCAGCACCAUGGAUCACCCACCUGGCUGGAAGCUGCGUGUACAAUACGACACAGUUCUAGCUGACAUCGACGAGGCGUUGUCCAGACUGGAGCAUGUCUGGAGGAAGGAUAUCAAGACAGAGCUCACUUCUAAACUUACCCAGAACUUGUACGUCAACAUUGGAGAUGGACCCUUGAUCAAGGUCAAUCUGGAUCACUCGUUGCUGCUGGUACUGAAGGAGGUACAGUUCAUAUCAGAUCCUGACAAGAUUCCUGUCACUGUGCAAGCUCUUCUUGACCAAGUGGAUACGAACACUCUGAAAGUGACAGCAGCCAGACUGGAAACCAUCGCCACUCACUACAACAAACUCCGCAGUAGGAUCAGACCCCACGAGGAGCAACUCUUUACUGCUAAGAUAGCUCAGAUUGAGACUUUGUUGAGACAAGGAAAAGAAUCUCUAACGUGGAAGAGUCUAGAAACAGAUGAUUUUAUCGAGGAAGCAACAUCCCUGCUGUUGGAGGACUGCUUCAAGAAGUUACAGGCAGUCCAAGCAGCACAGAGUCAGAUAGAAGCUAAGGUGGCACACUGGCAUGGGUACUUGUGUCAGAGCCUCUUUACCAGUGACCAGUCCUGCUUUAUUGAGGAUUGGAUCGUAAAACAGAAAGAGGUAUCAGAAGGAUAUGCAGUGUUAGCCAACAUGUACGGAAGUAAGAUUAGCAGUGUGGUGAAGGAGGUCCACAAGUUGCUGCAGGUGUCCGAGAACAGUCCAGCUUGGCAGAGUUACACUGCUUUCCUUGAUAAUCUUAUCAGCACAGGUCUGGUAGCAGCAAUGAGGGACGCUCUGACACAGCUCUACAACCUGAUAGCACUGACUGACCCAGAGGAUAAACCUAAGAUACUGGUCAGAGUGGAGCUAGUGGGGGGUAUGGUACAGUAUCAUCCUCCCAUUGAUAAGGAGUCUGCUGAUAUCAGUGUCCAGGAGAUGGUGUUUAACUGGGUAACCCAGAUGGUAGAUUACUGCGAGCUGAUACCACGUCUGGUUCCAGACUGUGAGUCAUACGCCAAGGUUAUCGAGCAGACCCCAGAGAUUGUGGACCUCAUUAAUAGUAUCAGGGGUGUCAUGGACGAUAACCACCAAUCCUGCCAGCUACUUCAGGAUAAUUUCAUGAGGUACAGCUAUCUCUGGAAGGACGAUGCACACCAUACCUUCUCACAGUUCAUCAGUGGUAAAAGCCUGCCUCUGUCAUCUAGCUCCCACACAGUAAACUCGGAGGAUAUCAACCCCUCACCCUCCCGCCCAAAUUCCAUGCUCAGCAGUAGUGUGGUUCUCGGUAACGCUGAAAGGAAUUUUCUAGCUCCUUCUGUUUCAACCGGAAGCGGUUCCAUAGGUCGUGUGCCGACUCUGGACGAUUUCGACAAGAAGAUAUCCGCCUAUCAAACUGCUUUCAACACCAUCAACUCCAGUCCCGACGAAUCAGCCAUUGGGUGGCUAUUUGUGGACAUAAAACCGAUAAAACAAGUGCUGCUCACCCACGCUUCUCGCUGGGUGUAUGUUUUUACAGAGUAUCUGAUAAACCAAUGCACUAAGAUGCUGGGAAGUAUUGAGGAGUUUUUGUUGGAUACGGAGCCGCAGAUCGAAACUCUGAUCAAGACACUGAGUGCGUCUCCUACUGAUGCAGCUAUUGCGCCAUCGGCUUAUAUGAAGCUGGUUGAGCUCUUCAACAAGGUUACCAGCAAACAACAGGAGUUCGACAGCAGGUUUGGGGUGGUUCGCAAGACUGUGGUUCUGUUAAACAAGUACAACUUCAGAAUGGAAAAAGAGGAGUUCUUCUUGGCUGCACCCUCUAGGUGGAGUAACCUGCGAGCUAAAGUAGUGCUGGCUAAACAGAGAAUAGCCCCCAAAAUGCAACUAAGAUCCGAGCAAAUAUCACACGAUUUGAGGGAAUUCGCAAGCCUAUGCCAGAAAUCUCGCGAAGAAUUUGCCGGUUGUGAAGCAUUCCUCCGAACUUGCAACUACCAAGAUGCUCACGAAUUGAUCAAGCGGUUCAAAGUCAGAGUAACAGACUUGGAGGACCGGAGCAGAAACCUCGUGGAGCUCCAGGAACUUCUGGAGGCCCAUAUCGUGGAUUUCACCUGUAUUUCCGAGUUUAGAAGUGAUAUUGAGACUUUGGAAAAGGUAUGGAACACGUCUAAAGGAAUGAAAGCACACCACUCGCUAUGGCGAAAUGGGCAGUGGAAAUCACUAAACUUGUCGUCUAUAUCACAUGAGACCGAGUGCCAAAUUCUGGAGUUGAAAUCGUUACCCGAAAACGCUCAUAUAUGGGAUGUGUACUGUGGGCUUAUGGAAAACAUAAAACAGAUCAAGGCAUGUGUACCGCUGAUAAAGAGUCUAUCUAAUUCAUCUAUGAGACCGCGACACUGGAAAAUGUUGGUUAGAACGCUCGGAGCACAACAUACUAUCAUCCCUGAUAGAUUUCAAGAAGCUUCUUUGAAAGAGCUGAUCGAUCUUGGCCUUCUUAAUUACAAAGAAGAGGUAUUGGUGAUUUGCCAGCGUGCAGAGACAGACGUUCAGAUGGAGUUCUCACUUCAGAACUGUGAAGAGGUGUGGCUAAGUAAGGUGUUUGAGCUGAAGACAAUCACGCGUAAGAGAAUAAAUGGUGAUUCCGAGAGUAAUGGUCGUGUGGAACUUGUAAAAACCACCCGGGACUCUCAAGUUUUGGGUUCGUUCUCUGAAGGUAGAUCCCGAGCGUUCUCCAUCGCUAGUAAAGACAGUAAACUUACUGAUCAGAACAGCUAUAAGGAAUCCGAGCCGGUGUCCAUUCUGGCAGAAACUGACUCUAUAUUCGAGUGUCUGUGGCAUCACGAGAUGAUACUGGACAGUAUCAUGAGCCCAGGCUCAGCGUUCAGUGACGAUAUCUGCAAGUGGCAGAAGAAGUUGCAGACAGUCGAGCUGGCUCUAAAGACGUGGGUGUCGGUACAGACCAAGUGGCUGGAAAUGGAGGAAAUGUUUUCCAUGAUAAAUAUUAUUUUGUCUCUGAAUACCCACGCUCGUGUGUACGCUCACGUGGAUCUAGAGUUCACUCACAUGAUGAAGAGUGUCGGGGAGAAUCCUAACAUCGUACAGCAGUGCUGCAAACCUGGAAUUCUAGCUGCACUGAAGAGUAUCUUAGAGAAAUUAGAAACCUGUGAGCGAGCUCUCGUGGACUUCACGCAUAAACAGUGCUCCAGAUUUCCCCGGUUCUACUUCUUGUCCGCUAAAGACGUCUUCCACAUCAUGUGUCACGGACACGACCUAGUAGCGAUGUCGUCCUACAUCAGCAGGCUGCUUCCUGCCGUCUCCUCUCUCCAGAUAGACCUGGACAGUGUGGCACAGCCCGUUACUGCACUCUCCACUGAUAUCGGGGAGACGCUCAUCUUACAGGAGCCGGUGCCAACUGACUUUGAAAUAUUCGAGUGGCUAUCCUGUCUGCUGGACAUAAUGAAGCUCUCGGUGACCGCUGACUUGAACGAAACUCUAAGAACUGCCGUGUUUGAGUUUGAGAAUUUGAAUGAGGAAAACUGGAUCUUCCAGUGUUCUAGCGAAAGUGUGUUACUGGCAGUACAAAUGCUGUUGGGGAAGAAGUUACGGGAUUGUUGUCAAGCCAUUGUUGAUGGAUCCAACAAAAGUGCUCUGUCAGAAUUUGCUGAGGAAUUAACUCAUAUGAUAGGUCAACUCCAGCGGAUCCUGCAGGCAGCCGGAGAAGAACUGAGACCUAAAGUAGUAGCCGAGGAGGAUGUACCCCCGUCAGAUGACGAGAUUCCUCGGUCUGUCUCUCAGAAUGUUCCAGAACGAAGCAGGAAAGGAACUCCUCUUCCUGCCUCUCCUGUUGUACAGCAGGUGGAGGAGGAUGCUAAGAGCGAGGCUAGAAGCGAGGGAUGCCAGCUGGUACCACACCAACUGGAGAAAGUACGAAACCUCAUCCUGAGUCUGUUGGGUCUACGAAACCUUACUAACAAGCUGAUUGAAGAACCAGCAAAUCCCGACUCAUUCACCCUCAAAUCUCAACUGUGCUAUGCCAUGGUGGAGAAUCAGCUUACUGUUUCUGUUCUGAACAAAUCUUACAAGUACGGGUACGAGUAUCAGGGCACAUGUCCUAAGAUAGUCACUACUCCUGAUACUGACCGAGCCAGACUAGCACUCUUUGCUGCCUGCCAUGCUUACAACGGAACCGUCCUCCUCAGUCAUCGGGGGAGUGGUAAGACGGAGCUGACACGUGACAUCAGCAGAUGUCUGGGAGAGACCCUCUACAUGUUCAGUGUUACUGCCAGCACCAGUCUGGAGUCUGUCCGGGACAUCUGUCUUGGCAUGGCCAGCUCCGGUUGUCACGUGUGUUUAGAAGGAAUGCCGUCUCUGGUACCGGGGGUGUUGUCCCUCCUAGUGGUCGCUGUCCGGGACAUCAUGUCAGCUAUCAGUCAAAAACACGACCAUGUCAACGUUCUGGACCACGAUGUACCUCUCACGCUAACCGGAAGAUGUUUCGGUACCUCCCUCCCCACCCCUACUAUCAACCUAUCUGACAUAACUCAAGGAGUGUUCCGUCUUGUCACUCUUACUCAACCUGAGGAGCGCACUAUCUACGAGGCACUUCUUUUGACACACGGAUUUGUGUAUGCGGGAGGUCUCGCUACAAAGCUGGUCUCACUGCUAGAAUCUUUCAAAGCGCUGGUACAGCCCUCUGUUUACUCGCUCAACAAUGUUAAGGCCUGGUUCACUGACGCAGCCGAUAGAAGGGAGUACGUAGUAAAAGAAGACGAGAUACCCACCCUAGCUGCAGAAGAAGAGGUGUUGCUGCUAGCAAUCCGGGAUAUCCUGACUCCUCGACUUACUGAGGAUCAUGUGGUUCUCCUUCAGCACCUCUUCUCUACAUUCUAUCCUGAUGUCAACUUUAACAGCGACAGGUCUAUCGAAGAAGAUAUGACGAUGACAGAAUCAAGGCUUCAAGUUGCCCUACAAUCAACCAGUGACCUGAUGGCACCCAACAAAUCAGACACUGCAAUAUUUGUCGACCCCAAAGAGGCCCUAGUGUCAGUUCUAAAAGAGAAUGGAAUCUGUCCGACCGUACCCAUGAUAGCUAAGCUUUCCCAACUCGCUCUGCUUCUAUCCACCCAAAAAAUCGUGAUAGUUGUGGGUGAGGCUGGUUGCGGUAAGACCACCUGCAUCAACACCGUCGGCCAAGCUCACCGUGUAAUGGGGACUCCCGUCAACACCGAGACUGUUGUCACACACGCUCUGAAAACAGCGGAUCUGUUCGGCAGCUAUUCUGAGAGCUCCUCGUGGGAGGAUGGCAUGUUCACCCUGCUUCUAAAGCAGUUCAGUUCCAUGAGUGAAGCUGAAGGGUACUGCUGGCUCGUCCUUGACGGACUGGUUACAACAGGUCAGCUGGACACGCUAACGACCAUUCUACACUCUGACAAUACUCUCCUGCUCCCCAACUCUGCAAGAGUUAAAGCCGGGGCAAAUGUCCGGGUUAUAUGGGAGAUGGAAGACUUGUCGAGUCUGUCCCCGACCACCUGUGCGACAGCCGGCAUCUUCGUCAUCGCCUCCGACCCUGAUCUGUGGUGCCGCGUUCUGGAACGGGAGCUGUUCCUUCACGAGUCCGAGGAGUUGGUCAACACGGCCAUCACUGUCCUGAGUGCAAUGUCCAACUUUGUGAAGACUCAUAAAGUGGAGCUAGCUGUUGAGAUGACGUUGGAAAGUGUGGUCAUGACAUUCUGUGCCAUAGUCUCGAGUUUACUACAAGCGAACCCUCUUGAGACAGCUUUGGUGGAGAGCUUAGUGGUAUUUGCAGCUUCCUGGGCAUACGGAGGAAUCCUAACGCCAGAUUCGCAAACCAAGUUUAACGAUUUCGUUCUGAAAACGUGGCCCUUCCCCCAAACCAACAACAGUUCUACAAUCUGGGACUGUACGUUGGGAGAGAGCUGUGUGCUACUCCCUGAAAGCCCGACCUCUCCUACUGCUGGUCUUUCUAACGAGGUCAACACUGGUAUUCCCUUCGUCCAUACACAUCGCAUGAAGAGGUGUAUAAGCGUAAUGAAUAUGUGCACGAACGUACAACGGCCCGUGUUGUUGGUGGGCGAGAUGGGAGUGGGUAAAACACUUCUCAUGAGGGAGAAGCUAAGGAACAGUCAGGCUUUAGAGGGCCUUCAAGUCACCCUCAAUUGUGAUAAUUUCACCGAUGGUUACGUGCUUAGUAACCGGUUACAUGAGCACAUGGAGUGGAAAGCAGCUAACUAUUACGAUCCCAAAAACUCUCGAUACCUUAUAUGUUUUAUCGACAACCUCAACAUGGCCAAGGUGGAAGGAGAUGGGCAGAUGACGGUGAGUGAAACAAUCCGACAGCACAUAGACCACACCUUCAUAUUCAACAAGUCCACCAUGUCCCUGAACCACCUCCGCAACACCGUCUACAACGUCACCUGUGGAAUGAACCACAAACUAUCCACCAGAUUUACCAGACAUUUCGCCGCUUUUGUUCUCCACUACCCAGAGAAAGGAGCACUGGAGCACAUCUUCACAGCAGUCACAAAGUCUAAACUAUCCUCUUGCUCAAUAAACUCGAGCAAAUUCUCAGAACUGUCAGAGGAUAGGCUUUCUCAGGAGGAGAUAACGCAGGAUCUUAUCCAUAGCAUUCUUAGGAUCACCAUUGAAGUGCAGGACAGAUUGAGAACGAUGUACCUGCCAACUAAAGAAAGAUGUCACUAUCGGUUUAGUCUCCGAACUAUAUCAAACAUCUUCAGAAACCUCCUUGUUUCUCUCAAACCUAAGGACAACACAGCGAAGGACCUGCUCCUGUUGUGGAGUCACGAGAUGUCGUGUGGGUACAGUUACAGGAUGAUAAACACAGUCGACAAGGAGAGAUUCCAGCAGACCUUCGCCAUGUCCGCCAAGAAACACUUCUCCAAGGAUGACUACGUGUCGGUGUGUACAGCAGUUGAACAACCGUUAUUCAGCAGUAUUGUGGGAUCGGACGCUUACCACGGAUACGAGGGUAGUGAAGGUGCACUAAAAGAGUACCGGGCUAUGCCGGACUCUGCCUCCGUCGUCAUCAGGAUGCAGCACAACAUAUCUGAGUUUGUCAAACACUUCGGCUCCAUCAACAUCGAACUUUACGAGAGCACGAUUUCGCUGGUAUCGCGCGUGUUGCAUGUGUUGCAAAACCCUCACGACAUAGGACACGUGCUCCUUGUUGCUGAUGGCUGCGCGGAUGUUGCCAACAAGGUUGCUGCAAUCGCUGCCAGCAUUCUCGGUGCUGCCGUGGUUUCCCCUUCCUACUCUCCUGAGAAUCCAUCAAACUAUUCCCUUGCUGAUUUUUGUGCUGACUUCACCAGUGCCAUAGUCGAAGCAGGAGUCAAGGGCAAAAAGAUCAUGUUUCUGCUUCAAGAACACGAGGCGGCGGAUCCUGAGUUUCUAGUGCACGUUAGCGAGUAUGUUUCGUCCUGUUCUGUCGCUGGGCUCUUCUCGGCGGAGGAGCAGGUCAACAUCGGCAAUUCCCUCAGAUCUGAUCUCACUCAAGCUGGGAUUAGUUUCAACCACGAGAUCGCUUUUCAAUUCUUCUUGAAGAACGUACAAGAGAAUCUAAGAGUAGUAAUGACGACUUCAACAAACAACUGCCAGCUUUGGGAAUGGUCGUCCCGGUAUCCAUCCAUGUUGAACUGUAUCAAUGUCAUGUGGUUACCACACUGGGAUAGCGUACAACUGCUCCAUGUCUCCAAAUAUCAUCUUGAGGGUAUAGAAGGUCAAACGGAAAAGGAAAUUAAUAAUCUAGGCCAUCUUCUGACAAACAUUCACAAAGCAACAUCUCCUUCCGGAAACUUCAACAACACCGAUUUUGAGAACUUCGUCAAAAAGUUCGUGGACAUAUUUCUUAAACAGGGGGUAAUAGUGAAAGCUAAGCGGAAACACUUGGAACAGAGCUUGUCUUGUAUUAGAAAAGUGUCAUCUCAUGCAGAAGUGCUAGAGGCCAGGCUGGCACGAGAAGCCACAGUUCUGAUAGAGAAGGACGCUGGAGUAAACAACAUUCUUGUACAGCUGGGUCGAGAUACUGCUAUCAUAGAGGCACACAAACUAAUGCUGAAACAGCAGCAGGAUAAAGUUGCCCAAAUCCAACAGGCUCUUCCUCAACUGGAGAUACAGCGGAAGAGAUUCGAAUCUGACUCGAAGAACAUAAAGCUGACAAUAAAAGAUACUCUGGGUCAGCUGACCUCUAUCAGCUUGACAGAGCUGAGAUCCAUCAAUAAACCGGACUCGCAUAUUGAGGAUAUUAUUGUCGCCGUUAUCAUGUUAUUAAAAUCGCCUAUGGCUGACCUAACUUGGAACAAAGGAGGGAAGAGACUACUAGCCGGUAUAGACCGUCUUAUAGAGCUGCUCCACGGUUUCGACGAGAACCCCCUCCCUGACAAGGCCCUGGAGAGUGUGACGCAACUGCUGGGAAGUCAUGCUUUCAGCCCGGAGUACCAAGCCAAGGAUCAUUCCAUCAGCUGUGUUCCUAUACUCAGUCUUUGGGUUGUUGCAGUUGUCAAGUACCAUGUCCAUCUUCUGAACAAAGUGCAGCCAGCCAUUGUUAGAGUUGAUAAGGCUACACAGGCUCUUGAUAUUGCGAGGCAGAAGCUAGCUGUCAUGGAAUCCAAAAUAAAUGUUCUCCAAGAAAGGCUGGACGGUUUACAAGGCUCAUACGAGCAAGCAACAAUAGACAAGGACCACCAAAACAGUCAGACUAUCCAAAUGAGAGGAAGUCUGGCUGCUGCUGUCUCAUUUACUGACGCUCUCAAGAACAUGGAGAAAACGUGGAGUAACGAACUAGCCAGCAUUCCUCUCCUCAAAGAGCACCUGGAGGGCAGUGCAGCUAUAGCGGCCGCCUCCUCCGUCUACAUGGGAUCCUACCCCUACUCUCAACAACUGCUGUUACCUCCGGACAAGUGGUUACCGUGUCUCUCCGAGCAUUCCAUUUCUGUGAAGCUCAGUAAUGAUGAGGAUCUCACUUCUAGGAUUGUUUCCACCUUCCCUGGAUACAUAGGACAAGAUAAGAAAGUAUCCUCGCCAGAGGACCUAUCACUGAGUGAAAUCUUCACCCUAAUAUCCGGGUCUAAGGAUCUGUUGAGGUGGGAUGUCGGACAUGGUCCUACCCAGGGUCAUCUUCUUGGUAUCGUCUCGGCCCAGUUCUCUUCUGAUGGGGAAUACGCUCCCAAGUUUCCCCUUCUGAUAGACCCCGAUGGUAUCGGAUACCAGCGUAUCCAAGAGUGGGAGAGUUCAAAUAAACUCGUUACUAUCGAUAUGAGUAACAGCGAGUCACGUGCGAUUGCAGCAUUGGGUAGAGCAAUCUCACUAGGGCUCCCGACCGUUCUUCUGAAUAUCGGAACUGAUAUACCUCCCCUCAUCUACCCUCUCUUUGAACAGCGGCGCCAUAUUGAUGGAGAUGUGGAGACAAUAAAGCUAGGAGGACAAAAGUUCCAGUACAACAGAAAGUUCAGACUGUACCUCGCAACAACAGAGCCGGAGGAGUCUAUCAGUCAGACUUUGCUGAGUUACACCCCUGUUAUCCAGUUCACCCUCACUCCUCCCCUUGUGAAGGAGCUGUUACAAACUGCUCUACUGGCUAUCCUGUUCCCGGCGGUAGGGUGGGUACAACAAGCCGUGCCCCAGAUGAUAUCGAAAGUGGCUGUGAAAUUAGAGAACACCUGCAAUCAGCUGAGAAAGAAACUGGGACAGAGUGUUGAGACUGAAAUAGAUGGGCUGAACAGUUUACUAACGCAGCAAGACCAGCUGAACGAGACUCUUUCCAAAUUGCUCCUCUGUAAGGAGAAAUGUCUCCUCGUAUCCGCCUCUCUUGCUCCCAUUAUCAACAGAUGCUCCACUCUCCACACCGCCAUCCAAUCCCUCUCCCAUCUCAACAAUAAGUACGCUGUCGCCUUUAAAACCUUCAAGUCUUGGAUUGUUGAUGCUAUCGAGAAAACUGAAGGUCCUCAAAUUAUAGCGACAAAACAAGGAGACCUCGACAAAAUGUCAGAAACAGAAAUGUUGGUCUUGUUGGAGAGUUUAAUAAUUCCAGAUGAUUCGAGGGUUGAGAGUAUUCUCCAAACCGUUACUUCUGCUAUCUGGGAUAGCAUAUCCUCGAGCAUAUUCAAGAGUGACUCCCUGAUAGUAAGCGUGCUGUUCAGUGUGAUGGUAGCAACAAACAUCGAACGUCUACCCUACACUGUAUUCCAAGUUCUCACUGAUAGUUUAGGAAGUGAAGAUAACUCGCAAGAUCUGGGGUAGUAGACCGGCCCGACUGGGUAGCUACUGAAGACGAGUGGCAGAAGAUCUGUGCUUUAGAAGAGGUACCUGCCUUACAGGGACUCUCU